CAUCCAAUCAGCGGCGCCCAAACUAUCACAUGACCAUCAGUUUACCACGUGUAGCAGGUGGAAGUAGUUGUAAACAUUCUGUGCUCUGGGUUAAAGUUCGAAGUGACAUUUCCUUUCAUUGACACUUCAAAAGAAUUCAGCUGAAAGGGCCCAAAAGUGUUAGGUAGACCAAACAGUCCAAGCAGAUGUCUUCCCCCUCUUCCACUACCCACUCUGUCCUCCUAAAUACGGGGGUUCAGAUGCCCCUCAUGGGUUUGGGGACUUACGAGUUGGUGGUUCCUGAAGAUGUCUACCCGGCUGUGGAUGCAGCGUUGGCUGCCGGUUAUCGGGCCUUUGACAGUGCAGCCGUCUACGAGAAUGAAGCUGCGCUGGGUCGAGCCGUGAAGGAGCUCCUGCCCAAACACGGCUUAACCAGAGAGGAUGUUUUCAUAACCAGUAAGCUGGGCUACAUGGAUCAGGGUGAGAGAGCCAUGGAAGGAGCCCUGCUCAGCCUGUCUCAGCUGGAUUUGGGUUACAUCGACCUCUACCUGAUCCACUGGCCUGGGACACAGGGUCUGGAGGUGGCUGACCAACGCAACUCAAGCGACCGAGCUCAGAGUUGGGCCACACUGGAGGAGCUGCAUGCUCAGGGGAAGCUGAAGGCCAUAGGAGUGUCCAACUACACACCAGCACACAUGAGAGAACUGAUGCAGAGCUGCAAAAUCACUCCUGCUCUGAAUCAGGUAGAGUUUCACCCAAAGCUGUGCCAGACAGAGCUGAGGAAAGUGUGUGAGGAGCAUGGAGUGUGUUUCCAAGCAUACUCCUCCUUAGGGAAAGGAGAGCUGGUCACUGACCCUGUGGUCAUGGAGGUGGCAAAGAACUGUGAACGCACACCUGCACAGGUCCUUUUGCGCUGGGCUGUGCAGCAGGGCGUCCCUGUGCUCCCAAAAUCUUCCAAUCCAGACAGAAUAAAGGACAAUGCGAGGCUUUUUGACUUCACACUGAGCGACACAGACAUGGACAGACUGUCAGCUUUGGACUGUGGGCGCAAGUACUGCCUGGAUGCAUCAUCAAUAGUUUGAUAAAUCAAAAGUAGAAUAAUAAUAAUAAGACAAUAAGGGAAAUAGACAUAAAGUGAACAUAAAAACAGGGAAAAUAAGAUGGAAAAUUAAACUCUGACUGGCAGUGAUGGGGUGGUGGGAAACCACCACCAGAAGAGUUUAGACACAGACUAUGUACUGAGGUAUAUAAGAGAUCAAGUAACAUUUUGGACAGCAUUGGCCUAUAAGUUGUCCUGUUUAUUGUGACCUUUAUGCCAUGAAAUACUGAGAGCCUUUUCAUGCAGAUGUGUUGCCUACUAACCAAAAAAUGUUUGCUGUUAACAAAUCUGUCAAUGUGCCAUCAUUUUAAGACUAAUUCUAUAUUAAAACUGAUAUAAUGGC